GAAGGGAGAUGAUGAGACGGCGGAAUCCUACUGCAACAGGGCCCGCACUAUUCGAGCGGAGUUGCUGACCAUUGGACAGGAGGUCUAUAUGGCCACAUUCGCUGCACACGUGUUGAAGGGCCUGCCACCGGAGUACAGAUUUCUUCGCCCCAAGCUCAACAUUUCCAGCCCUGACAUAACGGUGGAACGUAUGUGCAGCGAGAUGUUGAUGGAGGAGCAGAAUCUUUCCAUCGAACAAAGCUACAAGCAGAUCACCAGCGAUGCAUCUUCUUUCUCGAGCGCUGUCAACACGAUCGUGGCUACACCAGGGGUCAACGGGAAGGAAGAGAAAGGAGGAAAGGAGCAGAUGGACAAGAAGAAUGAUGGCAAGUGGGAGAAGAAGCAAGCCCCCUUCAAGGGGCGCUGCUACAACUGCAACAAGGAGGGGCACAUGGCUGCCAAGUGCCCCAACAAGAAGGAUGCAACGCCCGCGGCAGCCACAAACGUUGCUGAAGGAGACAAGAAGGGCGUGGUGCUCACCGUCGCAUGUUCAGCUGCAAAGUUGCUGGCCGAAGACAAAAACAUGUGGUUCCUUGACUCGGGAUGCUCCCAACACAUGACCGGCCGCAAGGAGUGGUUCAAGGUGAUCCGUGACCCAUCUACAAUGAAAUAUGGCAAAGGGUUUGAUGGUUUUAUGCAAGAAGUCGCCGGUGUUGGUGAGGUUUUGCUAGAUAGCACUAACGGCUUGCGUGUGGCCCUGCAUGAUGUCCUUUUUGUGCCAGGAAUGAAGGCCAACUUGGUCUCCCCUGGGCAGCUCACGGACAAAGGAGCAAAUCUGCAAACCGAAGAAGGUGUCACUCACAUCAUCGCAUCGGGAGGAAAAGUAGCUGCAACGGCACGCUACCGCCAUCAUCUUCUCUGCCUUGACCUGAAACCGUGGCCAGCAAGCAACAGCAUGGCGGCUGCAGUGGCAUGCAACGGCAUGGCGGCUGCAGCUACAUGCAACGGCAUGGUGGCUGUAGCGGCAUGCAACGGCACGAUGGCUGCGGCGGCAUGCAACGGCACGGUGGCUGUGGCAGCAUGCAAUGGCACGGUGACUGCAAUGGCAAGCAACGGCACGGCUAAGGUGGUUGCUGAUAUGGCACUAGGCAAGCCGGAAGUCAAGGAAGGAGCGGCCAGCCUUAAGACGUACGUGCUGGGCUCCAAAGCAAUGCCCAACCUAUGGCACACUCGCCUUGGACACGUCCACUUCGAUGAGGUGGAGCAGACAGCCACGAGCGGUGGCGUAUUAGGCAUGGACCUGGAGAAAGGAGUGUGUAGGGUGGUACGGGGCGGGGCAAUGCUCGAAAAGGGGCGGGACGGACUGCUGCGCUGCGCGCAGCUGCUAGCAUGUGUGGAUGCUGCUAAGCGCAUGGAGGCGGAAUGUGCUGCAGCUCCAAAGGGUGUGGGCGGCAGCAGCUAA